CCGGGCGGGGGGUCAGAGAUCACCGGGACUGCGCCUCCCAACGCCGCCCGGGCCGCGCGUGGCCCCGGAACACCUGCGCGGCGGCCGCGUUCCCCGCCGAGCCCCAGCGGCUGCCCGUCUCGCGGCACGCGGCCCGUUGUUAUGACGACACGGCCGUAAAGCCGCCAUCUUGGCGGUGCGGCUCGUUGCGACAUGGAGGCCGCGAUGGCAACGAGCGCGGGGCCGGCGGGGCUUACGGCAGCCGCGGCCGAGGAGCGUGGGGAGGCGGCGGCCGCGGGCUCCGGUGCUGCCGCAACCCCCGCCGGCCCCGCCGCCUUCCUCAGCCUCCCGGCGCCCUUCAGCGAGGAAGAUGAAGAUGACGUGCACAAGUGCGGGCGCUGCCAGGCAGAGUUCACAUCCCUGGAAGAAUUUGUGCAACACAAGUUACAGAAGGUCUGCCAGCGAGCUCCAGAAGCUCUGGCUGCGGCGUCAGCAGCGCUCCUCAGCCGAGAAGUCCAAAAGGUCAUUCCAUCUGUCGAGGAGUCGAUAACUGUUGCUCAUAUAGUUGUGGAAGCAUCUUCCAUAGCAGAGGAGAUCGGCAGUGCCUCAGCCAUUGUAGGCAGCGGGCACAUCAAAGAAGUCGUAGUUGCAGGAGACCACGUCUUUGAAAACCCAAACGGUCACAUCGAUGGGGAAAUCACUGAAGAGCAGGGCACGCCUGACGAUGAGGAGCAGGAUAUUUCCACGGAACUGAUCAAGGUUAAGCUGCUGGUUAACAAAGAAGGGCGAUAUGUAUGUGAAUUAUGCCAGAAGACAUUUAAAACAGCCAGCAUCCUCAAAGCUCACAUGAUCACUCACAGCAGCAGAAAGGACUACGAAUGCAAACUCUGCGGGACUUCCUUCAGGACAAAAGGCUCUCUGAUCCGACACCAUCGGCGUCAUACUGAUGAAAGACCUUACAAGUGCAAGAAAUGUGGGAAAAGCUUCCGGGAAUCCGGAGCUUUGACUCGGCACCUGAAAUCUCUGACACCUUGUACCGAAAAAAUUCGCUUCAACGUGAACAAAGAGAUCGUAGUCAAUAAAGAUGAUUUGCCAACAGGAUCCUGUAAUUCGACCACAGACACAGUUUCAUCGAUAGCGAGUGAAUCCAUCGAGACCUCGCCCGUGAUUCAUCUCGUGACAGACGCAAAAGGCAACGUUCUUCACGAAGUCCACGUCCAAAUGCAGGAACUUCCUAUUGUCGAUGCAAAAUCCCUGGACCAAGAUUCGCAUCCUGAGGAGCUGCUGUGUGAGGGAGAGGUGAACAGUGAGAACCUGCUGCGCCAGGCCAUGAGGAAUUCAGGGAUCGUGAUAGAGCGAGUCGCGAUGGAGGAGGCGCCCAAGGCUGACGAGCCCGCUGCAGCUGCUGCCGAGGAGCUGGAAAACGAAGUGGUAGAAGCGGAAGAGGAGCCGUGUGGGGAACAGUGCGUCAAAGCGGAACAAGCAGAGUCUACAGAUGCGGAAAGAACAAACGGGUACAAAAGUUACGUUUGCCCUCACUGUAAUGAAGCCUUCAGUGAAGCUACUUCCCUUGAAACACACAUCAAAGGUCAUUUAGAUUACAAGCCUUUUAAGUGCGAGGAGUGCGGCAAAGAGUUCACUAAGGGUUAUCUGCUGAAAAAGCACCAAGAAGUGCACGUGAACGAGCGGCGUUUCCGCUGCGGAGAGUGCGGCAAGCUCUACAAGACCAUUGCACACGUGAAGGGGCAUCGCAGGGUGCAUUCUGAUGAGCGGCCGUAUUCCUGCCCCAAGUGUGGCAAGCGGUACAAGACAAAGAACGCCCAGCAGGUUCAUUUCCGCACGCAUUUGGAGGACAAGCCGUAUGUCUGCCAGUACUGCAGCCGGGGCUUUCGCGAGAAGGGCUCGCUGGUGCGCCACAUCCGCCACCACACCGGGGAAAAGCCUUUCAAGUGUUACAAGUGUGGGCGCGGGUUUGCGGAGCAUGGCACCCUCAACAGGCACCUAAAAACCAAAGGUGGCUGUCUGCUUGCUUUGAAAGAGGUGGAAGAAGUGAUAGUGUCCGAGGAAAGUCAGUCAGCCGACAACCUGGCUGCAACAGUCAUUUCUGAAGAUCCUCACACGGUGCUGGUGGAGUUCUCCUCGGUGGUGGCGGACACGCAGGAGUACAUCAUCGAGACUGCUACUGAAGAUAUGGAGACGAGCGAAGCUACUGAAAUCAUAGAGGGAACAAGACAUGAGGUUGACAGCCACAUCAUGAAGGUCGUGCAACAAAUAGUAAAUCAAGCAAACUCUGGUCACCAGAUCAUUGUCCAGAAUGUCACCGUGGCAGAAGACUCUGAAGUCCCCACGGAUGCUGGGGACACCAUCACUAUCGCCACCCCCGAGAGCCUCACGGAGCAGGUGGCGAUGACGCUGGCGUCUGCCAUCGGGGAGGGAGCGGUGCUGACCACCGAGGGCGGCAUCCAGACUGAAGAAGCAACUGUGACGAUGGUGGCGUCUGAGGACAUUGAGAUAAUGGAACAUGCGGGAGAGUUUGUGAUCUCUUCCCAGGAGGGGGAGGUGGAAGUCCAGACUGUCAUUGUGUAACCCCAUGUGGCCAGUGACAGAUGUUCAUGUAACACUCACUGGUUUUCUCCAGUUUGGGGAAUUUGACCAGCCCUAAGUUUGCCGCUAUAAUUGUUCAGAGAGCAAGGGAGAGAAUGAGAAUGCUUCUGUAGGUAAGUGGCUUCACAGGACGGUACAGCCCUGAGAUGUUCCUGUUUAAAAUGGACACAACGGUGGUUAAACACCUCUGGAAGUGACCGACACCCCGUAGUGACAGUCUCAGUAUUUUGUACAGCUGCCUCAAAUAAAGGAAGAUCCUUUGUGAAGCAUUUACCUCUGACCACAGGCCAGAGUAUUCCGGCAUUUAAAAGGAUUCAGAAAAUGGAGCAAGUGUGUAGGGUCUCAGAAGAGACUCCAUCAUAUGCAUUUAAAACCAACCAAACCAAACCAAACCUAAGGAGUUCUGGGGAGCAGUCACCACCACUCCCACUCUCAUGCCUUUAACCUCACUACUUUAGUCCUCCUAAGGCAUGGUACUGCAGUAUUUUUUUUUUACUUUAUUUUAUAUCCUGGACACGUAGCCUUAUGUACUGGUCUCUGACAGAAUGCAUUGCUGUACCCUCACUAUGUCACACAGGCCGCUCAGAGAGCUGGUCUGUUGGUGUGUAAAGCCAUACUGUAUAGGAUUUUUUUUUAACUAUAUAUGGAUUUUUAAUUGCAUAUUGUACAGAUUUGGCAUGUAAAUAAAUACAUUUUUAAAAAUAAAGUUAUUUAAAGUUCUUA